AUGGCUAAUAACAACGAUAGGCCCGAGGGGAAUCAAGGGGUAAAUCGGCCGGCGCAAGAUCCAGUUUUUCUGGCUGCUAACCAUAAUAUCCCAAUGAGGAACUAUGCAGUACCAAAUUUAUAUGACUUCUCGCCCGAAAUUUCAAGACCCAUAGUAGAGGAGAAUGCACGAUUUGAAAUAAAGUCAGUCAUGGUUCAAAUGAUCCAAAAUGCGGGGCAAUUCGGAGGUCUACAAGGAGAAGACCCACAUGCUAACUUGAUCAUCUUCGUAGAAAUAUGCAAUACAUUCUCCAUUCCUGGUGUGACUCUUGAAGGAAUUAGACUGUAUCUCUUCCUGUAUACACUGCGGGAUGAGGCAAAGAGGAAGGUGGAGAAGAACAAAGAGCUUGAAUGGGAAAAAGCACAGAAGAUUGAAAUAGGUGUUGAUCUUGUAGCUGCAGCUAAACAUCAGCUUCAAUUUCUCUCAGAGGUUGAUAGCAUUCCGUUCCUUCAUGAAGGCCCAAGCCUUGAUAGGGCUAUUUACAGGUACAAUGCUUACUGGCUUCCAUUGCUUGCCAAACAUUCUGAAUCCCCACUAUUUGAAGGACCUUUAGUUGUCCCUUUGGACUGUGAAUGGAUUUGGCAUUCCCACAGAUUAAAUCCUGUACAAUACAUUAAUGAUUGUGAGGAACUUUAUGGAAAGAUACUUGACAAUUCCAAUGUUAUAUCAACUACCAUGGUUGAAAGUCCCUGUCUAAUUAAAGAAACUGAAAACAUUUGGAAUGAAUUAUAUCCUGAAGAGCCUUUCAGCUUCAACUUCAACUCACAAGAGGCUGAUGUCCCAAAAGAUCGCCAGCUCUCACAACUUGAAAAAUACACCAAAUAUGAUCUUGUUUUAGCUGUUAAAAGACAGACUCCCUUCUUCUAUCAGGUUUCCCAACCUCACAUGAAGAAUGAAAAUUUCCUUCAAGAAGCUCUGGCUAGAUAUAGAGGAUUUCUAUAUCUAAUCAAAAGUAGCAUGGAUGAGUCUGUUCAAAUGUUUUGUGUUCCAACAUACGAUAUUGAUCUAAUUUGGCAUACUCAUCAAUUACACCCUCUUUGCUAUUGCAAAGACAUGAAAAAAUUACUUGGUUUGGUAUUGGAGCAUGAUGAUACAGUUACAGAUAGAACAGUAGGAGAGAAAUUGGAUAUUGGAUUCACAGGAACUACCAAACAAUGGGAUGAUACAUUUGGUACAAGCUAUUCGAAGAUAGGAGCAAUGUAUAGAGGCCCAGCUCCUCGCAUGCAAGGUGGUGUAAAGAGUGGCGAAUGCAAGUUAGAGAGCAGUGGAGGCAUUGCUGCUGGAUGCGGAAGCAAGGUAGAGAGCAGUGGACGCACUGCUACUGCUGGGUGCGGAAGCAAAGUAGAGACCUGUGGAGGCAUUACUACUGCUGGGUGCGGAAGCAAGGUAGGGAUUAGUGGAGGCACUACUGCUGCUAGGCAUGGAAGCAAAGUAGGGAGCAGUAGACGCACUACUGCUGCUAAGUGUGGAAGCACGUUAAAGAGUUAUAGAGGCACUACUGCUACUGGGUGUGGAAGCAAGGUAGGGAGUGGUGGAGGCACUACUGCUUCUACCUGCGGAAGCAAGGUAGAGAGCGAUGGACGCACUACUGCUGCUGGGUGUGGAAGCAAGGUAGUGAGUGGUGGAGGCAUUGCUGCUGCUGGGUGUGGAAGUAAGUUAGAGAAUCGGUGGAGGCACUGCUGCUGCGGGUGUGGAAGCAAGAUAGAGAGUCAUGGAGGCACUGCUGGCUGCUGCGCGGGGCAAGUUUAGAGAGCGAUGGAGGCACUGCUACUGCUGGGUGCAAAAGCAAGGUAGGAAGCGAUGACACAUUGGUGCUGCUGGGUGCGGAAGCAAGGUAGGGAAUGAUCGAGACAUUGCUGCUGCUGAGUGCGGAAGUAAAGUAGGAAGUGGUAGAGCCACAACUGUUGCUGGGUGCGGAAGCAAAGUAGAGAGAAGAGGAGGCAAUGUUUGUUGCUGGGUGUGGAAGCAAGGUGGGAAGCAAAGAAGGCACUGCCGUUGCUGGUUGUGGAAGCAAGGUAGGUAAUGAUAGAGGCACUGCUGGGCUGGUUGUGGAAGCAAGGUAGGAGCGAUGAAGGCACUGCUGCUGGUGGUUGUGGAAGCAAGGUAGGGAGCGAUGGAGGCAUUGUUGCUGCUGGUUGUGGAAGCAAAGUAGGGAGUGGUGGUGGCACUGCUGUUUCUGGGUGCGGAAAGUAGGUAGGGAAAGGCAGACACACUACUGUUGCUGGGUGUGGAAGCAAGAUAGAGAGUAAUGGAGGCAUUGCUACUGCUGGUUGCGGAAGCAAGGUAGGGAGCAUCAGAGGCAUUAACUGCUGCUAGUUGUGGAAGCAAGGUAGGGAGUAACGGCGACAUGUUGCUGCUAGUUGUGGAAGCAAGGUAGGGAGUAACGGAGGCAUUGUUGCUGCUGGUUGUGGAAGCAAGGUAGGGAGCAAUGGAGGCACUGCUACGGUUGUGGAAGCAAGGUAGGGAACGACGGAGGCACUGUUGCUGCUGGUUGCGGAAGUAAAGUAGGAAUGGUGGUGGCACUGCUGCUGCUGGGCGGAAGGCAAGAUAGAGAGCAAUGGAGGCAUUGCUGUUGCUAGUUGCGGAAGCAAGGUAGGAACAUCAGAGGCAUUACUGCUGGCUGGUUGUGGAAGGAAGGUAGGAGUAACGCAGCAUUGUUGCUGCUGGUUGUGGAAGCAAGGUAGGGAGCGAUGGAGGCACGUUGCUGCUGGUUGCGGAAGCAAAGUAGGGAGUGGUGGUGGCACUGCUGCUGUGGGUGCGGAAGUAAGGUAGGGAAAGGCGGAUACAUUGCUGCUGCUGGGUGCGGAAGCAAGAUAGAAGAGAAUGAAGGCAUUGCUGCUGCUGGUUGUGGAAGCAAGGUAGAGAGCAUCAGAGGCAUUACUGCUGCUAGUUGUGGAAGCAAGGUAGGGAGUAACGGCAGCAUUGUUGCUGCUGGAUGUGGAAGCAAGAUAGGGAGUAACGGAGGCAUUGUUGCUGCUAGUUGUGGAAGCAAGGUAGGGAGCGAUGGAGGCACUGCUGCUGGUUGUGGAGUAAGGUAGGGAGCGAUGGAGGCACUGUAGCUGCUGGUUGCGGAAGCAAAGUAGGGAUGAAUGGU